GACCCAUUGUUGUGAAGAUUCAUCUUAAUAUCGCAGUUUGAUCCGAAAGCAAACGAAGAUUCGUUUGGUGCUGAAUUACAAAUUACUGUACCGGCCGGUACAGUAAGUACGAUACUCGUACUUGUCUUUUACGUACUAGAAGUAAUGCACAGGGGUCAUAAAUUUAGGACCCCUGCUACGCUACAGUAAUGCAUUGGUAUUGUUGUACCUGUACGACUACUCGACAAAUAGUGUAACGUAGACUAGCCUACUACAGUAGAGAGAGAACUGUAGCAAAAAGUACGAACGGUACAUACUGUACGUUUCAUCCAUACGGUACGGAAGAACUGAACCCGCGAACACAUUCUGCGAAUCCGCAGGCGGCGCGAACAUCAUGUGUACGUACGUACUGGUUUAGUAAAUCGGAUGUACCACGAUUUGUUUGAGGUACGUACCGUAAGAGGUCCCAAAAAUUGUGAUCCAAAAUGCGCGAGGGUCUUUCUAUCAUUUUUGUUCUUUCGUGGUAGAUCGCUGUCGUCGUAUCACGACCUUUCAUUUCUGAACUUUCGCUAGAACUUUUCGGUGCAUUGCAUUGGCUUCUGCUCAUCUUCCAGUUCUCGUUAUUAUUUUACUCCGAACCGUACCCAAUUGUACAUUCCAACUCCCGUCGGCACAUUGCAAGUACCAAGAAGACCAAGACUCAUAAUGAAUUUCUCCACAAGAACCUUCCUCAUUGCAUUGGCUGUAGCGGUGGCAACGACAUCUGUGUCGUCGUUUUCCACCGUAUCACCUGUGCUUCGAUCUUCGACAACGACGAUACCAUCGAUUCGCAAUGUUGGUCUCAUUCGUGCGAGCACGGCCGCUGGCAACAGUGAUGGUGCUGUCACAAACAAAAUUAUCAAACAACUAGAACGAGAUGAAGCGAAAAUGAUUAAGAAGAGAGAAGCUGCUAUGGAAAAAUUGAAUAAGGUCGAAGCGUCGUUAAAUCAGUUGCAGAGCAAAAAGCAAGAAUACUUGAAUGGCAGCAAGCUCGACUCGACUCCCGCUGCAAAUUUCUCUGAAACGACUGGAAGAUCCGCUGUUAAAGCGUUGAUGUGGCGUGUCAUCGCUGGAAGUGUGACAUUUAUCACUUCCUUCAAGUUCUCGGGAUCCGUUGCGACCGCUCUGUCAAUUGUCGGAUCAGAUUUCCUUUCCAAAUCAUUCACGAUGUUCAUUGGUGAACGCCUCAUGAAUAAGUCACAAGCUGGAAGAAAGUCCGGAGCCGACGGUGCUGGACGCUCCUUGAUGAAAGCCUUGGUCUGGAGACUUUUUGCCAUCUGCAACACUUUGACCAUGGCCAUUUUCAUCGCCAAGGAUAUCAGCAUUGCCUCGAAGAUCGCAGGUUCGGACGCCAUCUUCAAGACCGCUCUCAUGUUUGUCUACGAACGAGUUUGGGCGAAGAUCGAAUGGGGCAAAGAAUACCAAGUGGAAUACAAUCUCUAAGAGAAGCCGAUACUUGACUUUUGUGUGUCUAAUUUCGACACGAUUUGGAUUUGCGCAUCUGCAGUUCUCACAACCGAGAUUACGUACAGAAUGAGAACCAGAUAAACAGAAGAGUAUGAUCACCAGGCAUCAUGGUAUCGAAAACAAUGAACUAAACUUUAUCAA